AUGGCUCCAGCCACGCCUUCGAGAAUGUUGCCCAAGUCCGUCCACCACCGCAACAAUGCUGCCACCGCCUCAGCCACUGUCGCCUUGCACCCCCCGGACCCUCACUCGGAUCCCUACACCGAAGACGACACCACCACCGGCGUCCACUCAUUCAACCACCCCCCGCACCCUAUCCCAGAGCCCAACUACGACAACACCACAACCCUAGUCAUCGUCUGCUGCCACGCCAUCUUCACCCCGGACCCCUCCCUCCCCAGCUUCCCCCUCUACUCGCCCUACAGCGAAUCAAACUGGCUCCUCGCCCCCUUCCAACGCUCCAACCCCUCGUCCGGCAAACCCAGCGAGCAUGAAACCUUCCUCGCCCACCUCGCCGCCGGCCUCGACGCCCUCACCACCGAAGCCUGGACCAGGCAGACCCUCCUCGUCCUCAGCGGCGGCGCGACCAAGCAAGACGUCACUGAGCUCAGUGAAGCACGAUCCUACUACCACGCCGCUCUCGCGACCAGCCUAGCUGCCGGCGAGCGCGGGGGUGGGUUCCCAACGCGUGCUUUUGAGGAGGGACGGAUUCUGCUGGAGGAAUAUGCGACGGAUUCCUACCAGAAUCUGCUCUUUCCGAUUCUGCUCUUCCGGCGAAGGACCGGUAGAUAUCCGAAGCAGAUCCGCGUCGUCACGCAUGCGUUCAAGGCGAGGCGGUUCUUGGAGCUGCAUGCGAGGGCGAUUAGGUGGCCGAAGGACCGCGUGAGGGUGCAGGGGAUUGAUCCGGUCAUGUCGGCGCAGGAGCUUGCGGAGACGGCGGAGGGAGAGGAGAAGCUGGGAUAUGGGCCGUGGGUUGAUGAUUCGUAUGGUGUUGGGGAGGUCUUGGCAAAGAAGAGGAAGGGUAGGGGCUGGGAUGAGGAAGUCGUGAAGGAGAUAGGAGAGGGACUGGAGGAGAGCGUGAAGGUUCUUCUGGGCGGGAAGGAGCCGGAUGAUGAGUUGCCGUGGGAGGUUCUGGAUGCUGCGCAAGGAGAUUGAGAACAUCCAGCGUCAUCGGAAAGUUUGGGAAAUGAUCCAGCUUGCUGGAAGAUGCGUCGAGAGAAAUACGCGCACCCUUGUGGCCUAUCGAGUGAGCCACUCGCCAAGCUGCUUACUCACUGUCACGAGAGUUGCUUCUACUCUCAAGUCCUGUCGUAAUAUAAAUACACCUAGGUAGGUCUUGCUUCUCCCUCCGACACGUUUUCGAAACUGUGAAAAAUAGUCUUGGGUUUAUCAACAACGAGCCCCCCUCCGCGUGAUGGAAGAGAGGGAGAGAUCAAAACGACAAAUACGUCACCCAAUGGGAGUGCGGGUGGUGUGGUGCCAAUAUCGUUGCUCAGUGACGUUCACUACCUCUACGCCAUUCUAGAUAUCACCGAAUUCAUGUCUUAUUUAUCCC